AUGGCUGCGACACUUGCGAAACACCAUGACACCCCUCCAUUUGCUGAUCACAAAGAUCUGCACAACGUCAUAGAUGCGAUGCAGCUUGGUGAUGUCCCUUGGCAGUGUUUCUCUGCACAAUACACAGGAGAACAACCCGAGGUUGUCCCACCUUGGAUGGACGAAGAAUUUGAGGUCUGGUAUAGGGACCCUUGUGCAAUGGCACACAAUAUACUUGCUAACCCUACCUACAAGGACGAAAUUGACUAUGUGCCAUUUUGUGAAUAUGAUGCAUCAGACGAGAUGCGCCAAUGGAAAGACUUCAUGUCUGGAGACUGGGCAUGGCAACAGGCAGUACGUCCUCCAUCUCUUUCUGAUCCAGAAACACACGGACCUGCUUUGAUCCCAAUCAUUCUUGGUAGUGACAAGACUACUGUCUCUGUGGGCACUGGUAAUAAUGAGUAUUACCCCCUCUAUGCCUCGAUCGGUAAUGUACGCAACAAUGUACAAUGCACACACUGUGAUGCUCUUGUCAUCAUCAGUUUCCUUGCCAUACCCAAAACUGACAAGACGCAUUCGAAAGAUGACUUAUUUCGGAUAUUUUGCCGCCAGCUGUUCCAUGGCUCAUUGUCUGUGAUUCUCUCCAGUCUAAAACCUGUUAUGACUGAGUAUGAGGUUGUGUGCUGUGGAGACAGACACUUUUGGCACAUCAUAUAUAGUCUAGGACCAUACAUUGCGGAUUAUGAAGAACAACUAGUGCUAUCCUGUAUUGUCAAACAUUGGUGCCCGAAAUGCAUUGCAGUUCACACAAACCUUGAUGGUGAUGCCACCUACCACACCCACAAGUUUACUGAUUUCUUAAUCAAUGAGCUACAUGUGGAUGUAUUGUGGGAUGAAUUUGGUCUCAUUGGUGAUCUCAUCCCAUUCACUAAUGACUUCCCCCGAGCUGACAUUCAUGAGUUGCUGUCAUUUGACCUCUUCCACCAGCUAAUUAAAGGGGCUUUCAAAGACCAUCUCGUUGAUUGGGUAGCAAAGUACCUCAAGGCCAUGCAUGGGACCAAAUGGUCAGAAGAGAUCGUGAGUGACAUAGAUCGCAGAGUUGCUGCUGUACCAUCAUUCUCUGGUCUACAACAUUUCCCUCAAGGCCACGAUUUUAAACAGUGGACUGGCGAUGAUUCCAAAGUGCUCAUGAAAGUGUUUCUUCCGGCUAUUGAAGGUCACGUACCUCAAGACAUGGUGUGCGCAUUUCGUGCAUUGUUAGAAUUCUGUUAUCUUGUCCAGUGCAAUGUCAUUACCGAAGAUACACUGAUUCAGAUUCAAGACACACUUGGUCAUUUUCAUCGAUAUCGCACGAUAUUUGAAAACAUCGUUCCCACCUUCUCACUCCCCCAUCAGCACUCAAUGGUUCAUUAUGUUGACAUGAUCAGACUCUUUGGUGCCCCUAACGGACUAUGCUCAUUGAUCACAGAAUCAAAGCACAUCAAGGCCGUAAAGGAGCCUUGGCGGUGGUCGAACAGGCACAAUGCUCUUGGUCAGAUGCUUGUGACCAAUCAGCACCUUGAUAAGCUCACAGCAUCCCAUGCAGACUUUGAUGCGCAAGGGAUGCUCACUGGCACAAUUUUAUCAAGUACUUUAGCUGCUCUUGGUAAGUCUACAGUAGCAGCAUUGGCACAUGAAGUUGCUCUUCAGGUCUUCAAUUCUGCUGCUGCAACGUUUUAUGCUCCCAGUGAUCUGAGUGGCAUUGGUGGCAUGCGACACGAACAUAUCCAUGCAUAUGCUGAAGGGAUGCGAGGACUCAAAGUUGCGAGAGUCAUAUGCUUCUUUUCAUUCAAGCACAACUGGGAAUGGUUUGAGAAGAUUGGUGACUGCCCUGAUGAAGAUACUGGCAUGUGGAUGGUCGCUCCAAGUUUUCAUGAGGACGGCUCAAGGAACCUUGCUGUCAUUCACAUUGAGAUGGUCUUCCAUGCAGCACACUUGAUAGCUAUCUAUGGUUCAGAGUACAUUCCUCACUCCCUCAAGUUGUAUCAUUCUCUUGACACUUUCAGCUCAUUUUAUGUCAACAAAUACGCUGACCACCACGCAUUUGAGAUAGCAUCCUGA